CCGCUUCAUUGACUACACAACGACUCAAAAAAUUAUCAUUUAUAUAAGCUCCUAAAGAGUCCAUGUUCUGUUUAGUAGCUCAACAAGAAAAAUGAGAAACAACUCUGUUGCAGCAAGAAAGCCUAAUCCUCCUCCUGGAAAUACCUGGAGCCACUGGUUCAGGUACUUCCAAUAUGACGAGGAGAACGAGAAGCCCAGUGAUACCCGAAAUUUUUUGCUUGUAAUAGCGGCGCUAAUUGCUGCGGUGACUUUCCAAGCUGGCGUCAACCCGCCAGGAGGCGUCUGGCAGGACGAUAAGGAUGGCCAUCAUGCAGGAAGGGCAAUUUAUGCUUCGCAGCCAGAAGCUUAUUACGUUUUCGUGAUAUCCAACACUUUGGCGCUCUCCACCUCAAUCCUUAUGAUUGUAUCUCUCACUUACAGGUUUCCGUUACAUUUUGAGAUAUGGGUUGCCACUAUUUCAAUGAUUGUGACUUAUGGAUCUGCUGUUUUUGCUGUUACUCCUCGUGAGAAUGUUAAGUUUCGCUUCCUCUUGCUUACUGCUGCCCUGCCGCUUUUGCUGAGGAUUUUGAUUCAGGUCUUCUUGAAAUUCAGGACUACUUAUAGUAAGGCACAAGAACCUGCUGCAGAGGAGACACCUGAUGUGGAGAAACCAGAAACAUAACUAGUUCAUCCGGUGCAUGGUCAUCGGCCACCAUGUUCAGUUUAUUUUAGCGUCUGAUGUAUUAGCUGUGUUCUGAAUAUGUAGGAGAAAGUAGUGUUAGAUGAAGAGGAAAUGGAGGGGAAGGCGGCCGGAAUCAAUAUCUGUGGCUGCCGGUAAAUCUAAAUAAUUGGGUCAAAUUUGAUAAUCUAUGCUCUGUUUCAGGCUUCUGUUAAUGUUUCUUGUUCUGGGUCUUUGAGCAAUUAAUACCCAUAUGUUUUUCUCCCA